AAAUUAGUUACAACAUAAGUGGCACUCUCAGAUUUUAGGAAUCAUGGCUGCCUCUAUGCAGUUCCUGUCAACGCCUGCCAAAUUACCAAAGGAAUGGCAGCCCAAAUUACAUGAAUGGAAAAUAUACCAUUCCAGUCACCCAGAUGUUCGACAGGCUGGGUGGAGAAAAUGGGGUCGCGAACACCCGGACUGGUACGCCAAGAGAUCGACCUCUACACACACCGACUGGUACAACAGAGAGCGAGACACUAUCAGACGAAGUGACUACAAAUGCAUCAACUGGCACUACGAACGACCAUCUAAACCAACAAGCCGAGUCCACGAUGACUUCAUACCGCGCGAAAAUGACGUCAUGAUGAAGGAUGUUCAAAGGUCAAUGCCCCACAACAAGCAUUACCUGGGUCAAUUUAGUUACCCUAAACCCUAUCCUAUGGAGGUUCCUCCCCCAAAAUGGGGACUUUAUAACCCUCCAAAUUAUGAGGAACCAACAAGGUUCAACCAUUUUCCUCCUAUAAAAUACAACGGAUAUUAAGGACUUUAAUGAUAAGUGUAGAUUCAUAGUACAAAUUAUAGAGGCGAUAUUAAAUUAUAUAUCACUGCAUAGAUAUUAAUAAAACUGAGAAAUCGUAAUGAUUUAUUCGCAUUUUACAACUGCAUGUUUCUGUGGUUUUGUGGUUAUGGCGGUGCUUUCUUAAUUUAUUUAUUUGUAUAGAAAUAAAAACAGAACUGUAGCACUUGUAGAAUCAUAGGUUUUACGAGGCUAUAAAAGUUCCAGUUUUGUAACAAGAUAAAGAAAUGCUUUAUCAGCAUUAUAUUGUUUGUUGUAUUGAAAUUACAUGUAGUUAUGUACUUCAAGUACUGUAUCAUUUAGUUACUGUUAUGUUUUUGUUGAAUUCAUAUGUUGUUAAUGAACAAAUCCACUGUACAGAUUUCAGCUAUGUAUCUAUGUAUCCAUCCCUUUAUUCUCUAUAUCAAUAUUUCAUCUUUGUAUAUAUUUU